AUGGAGCCCCAAAAGAAGCACUGCUUUUACUUUCUUCUUACACUUACGAUCCUUCCAAUUUACGCAUCGACAGCCCUGGGAGGCAAACGUGGUGGUGGUGUUCUUGCAGGUGGGUGGCAGCCGAUAAAGAACAUAACAGAGCCGCACGUGAAGGAGAUCGGACAGUAUGCGGUGGAGGAGUACAACAAGGAGUCUAAGUCUCAGUUGAAAUUCGUGAGCGUUGUGAAGGGCGAGACUCAGGUGAUGGCCGGAACUAAUUACCGCCUUAUGUUGGCCACUAAGGAUGGUGCCCUAGCCAAAAACUACCAAGCUGUUGUGUGGGAAAAGGUUUGGGAACAUUUUAGGAACCUUACCUCGUUUACUCGGCUUAAGGCUUAA